UCAACUACACAGUUUACUUUAACGAUGAGGAGGUUGAUGUGAAAUGCACCUGUGCGUUGUUUGAGAUGAGAGGAAUUGUCUGUAGACAUGCAUUGAACGUUUGUCAGAUGAAUAAGAUUCAUGCGCUAUCGGAGAAGUAUGUCUUGGAUCGAUGGAGGAAGGACUUAAAGAGAAGAUACACAAUGGUAAAAAGUAGCUACGAUGACUUACGGCAAAAUGCAGAUUCAGGGAGGUAUGAGCUUGUGGUGAAACGAUGUUCCAAAUUAGCAACCCAUGUAUCGUCGAGUGAUGCCCAUGCUACUGCAUUCAUGCUCCACUUGGAUGAGUUUGAGAAUAAAUUUAAAGGAUUAACACAAGAAUCCAGUUCAACAAAAGUAACAGAGACUGUGCAGACAGACAAGGGUAAGAAAAUAUUAAGCCCACAUGUUGUCCAAGGGAAAGGGAGGCCGCCAACAAAAAGAAAGGUUCCACCUGUGGAGAAGGCUGUGACUAGGCGAAAGAAGAAACAGACACGCCGGAAAAUAUUUGAUAAUACAUCCGAGCAAUGUGAGGUGUCGGAAGCUCCAGAAAGUGGUCAGAUACCCAGUGCAUGCAAUGAUGAUUUUGUUGUUCUAACACAAUGCAGUACUGUCGCACAACCAACGCCACCUGAAAAUGAGUAGGUGCUCCAAGUAGACUGAUGUAUUUUGGGAGACUGUAAUAUCCAAAAUUGUAGUUUUGUCUUUGUAAUGUUUUAUGUGUAGGUUGGGAAACUAUUAUGUAUUUUGGGAGGAAAAACAGCUUUUAUGUAUAAUGUUUGGGAGACUGAUGUUUUAUGUGUUAUUUGAGAGACUAUUAUGUAUUUUGGGAGGAAAAACAACUUUUAUGUGUAAUGUUUGGGAGACUGAUGGUUUAUGUGCAAUUU